CGUAUUCUUCCGCACACUGAUAUACAGUACAUCGUACAGUGCCAUGAUUGAAACAGCCUCUACAGUCCCCUCGUAGCCAAUCCAUUACUUCCAAGAUGGGCUCACAAACGAAUCAUCUACUAAGUAAGUCAAAGCCAGUUGACUUAGGGUUCUACCAAUCCAGACUAGCGCCACCCCCUCGCAGCCCCUCCGCCACCGCCGAAUUCUGCCGUCCGAAAUCAACCAUCCGCACUGCACUCUCUUAUCUUCUUUCGCCUUCUCCACUCGAUCACUCUCUCUAUUUUUCCCCUCAUUACACUUAUACUGAUACACUUAUAGACUUACCUGUUCUAGAGCUCUACAUUCUUUCCUCAUAAAAUGCCUCCAAUCCCCAUCACCAUCGUCACCGGCUUCCUCGGCUCCGGCAAGACCACCCUCCUCCUCAACCUCAUCCCGCAACUGCCCGCGACCUACCGGCUUGCGCUGCUCAAAAACGAAUUCGGCGACGUCGCCGUCGACUCCCAACUCGCCUCCACGCAGUCCAUCUCCGGGGUUCGCGAGCUCCUCAACGGCUGCAUCUGCUGCAACCUCGUCGGUCAGCUGAGCGACGCGCUCGAGCAGCUCCGCACCGAGGUCCACCCGGACCGCAUCGUGAUUGAGACCAGCGGGAGCGCCUUCCCCGCCACCCUGGCCAUGGAGGUGAACCGCCUGGCGCGCGAGAACCCGGGCACUUUCGUCCUGGACGGGGUCAUCAGCGUCAUCGACGUAGAGAACUGGGAGGGGUACGAGGACACCUCGUACACAGCGAAGCUGCAGGCGAAAUACACGGAUCUGAUCAUCUUCAACAAGUGGGAGAAUGUGUCGGAGAUGCGCUUCGACAUCUGCCUCGACCGGGUCGGGGACCUCGAGGUUCCCACGCCGUGGGUUAAGUCCGAUCGCGGUAAGGUCGACAAGGAUGUUCUGCUCGGGAUUGACGGGGCGUUGUUCGCCAAGGAGGAGCAUCGUCAUGAUGACCAUGACCAUGACCAUGAUCACAACCAUGAUCACCAUGAGCACCAUGAGCACAAGAACGAUCAUCAGUCCGAGGUGGAAGUCCUCUCCGUCAACCUCAAGUCCACCGAUGCCACCGUCGUCGACAUCCCGGCUCUGGAGCAGCUCCUUCGCUCCGCCUCCAAGGAAGAAGUCUAUCGCAUCAAGGGCAUCAUGCGGUGUUCGACCAGCGCGCCUCCCGCGGAAUCCUCGGAAGAUCAAGCCGCCGUCACGCGCGCUCCCGCUUCGGCCAACUGCCCCGCCACCCGCUAUUACAUUCUGAAUUGGGCUUUCGGUCGCUGGACCUUCACACCAUCGGACGUCGUCGCUGAGAACGCUGACCCCGCCGUGGUGGCCCGGAUUACGUUGAUUUUGGCUCGCUAUGAAUCCGCCAAGUGGAAGAAGAAGCUCGAAGCCGGGGGGCUUGUACAGGUUGCUGGAUCCCACGAUGCCGAGUUGGUUGUGGAGCGAUUGCUCUAAAGCUUCCGACAUGCAAUCUAUUUACCUUCUUUUACCUACCAUAUACAGCGCGCAGGGGCUGGCUCCUAGGCGUGAUGACUUUGGAACUAGAUCUCACUUUCUUUUCGAUUUAGAUAUUUGGCACAUGACUUUUAUGACGGAGGACGAAACGACUGAAGGGUUGCGGCGGAAGCGUUCGGUUCUAUGAUAGUUAGACUUGAUUCCCAGAAGAAUGAUAGACGACUUCUAGAGGUUGGAAAGGAAGGGCCAGAAGCAUAGCAGUAAUGAACGAG